AUGCCCGAUGCAACUUGACUUGCUUUCUCAGUCCCAACUCAUCUAUUUCAUUAAAAACCAAAUAAAGUGACUUCUUCAAUUCAUAAAUGCAUGUUGUCGAUAAUCUUUUGAUGAUGAAAAUCUUUAGGAUGAAAAUCAUAAAAUGAAUAUCUUUAUCGCUUUUUAAAACACUUUUAUGCCAGGAAAUAUGGUGGUGAAUCAAUUUAUAUUCAGUUUAAGUAAAAGCGUUGGCCCGGCGACAGUUUAUCAGAAGCAAAUCACAAUCUACAAAAAGUAAAUGGGAAGCAAGCAGGGUUUUGCACCUUCAGGUGCGUGGCAAACAUUUAACAUUUCUGCCAUUUCACGUGCAAAACGUUUCUUUGAAUUAUCUAAAUAGGCCAGACAUCAUCGUCUCGUUCAUUCUAGUUCAUUUGAAAUUUGGUAAAUUAUUAUUUCUUAUUACAUAAUAGUGUUGGCGUGAUAAUUCCCAGUGAUUGCGUUGCUCACAAUCCCAUUGGUAUCAUUAUCCCUCUAGCUAUCAGAUAACCCUUGCUCUUACCUCGUUCUGGCAACCCAGGCUCAAAUCAUUGGUGCCCAGUGUAUUAUAAUAAGUGUUACUGAUGUCACGCGCAGUAAUUGGUCUCGAUUAGGCAAGUAUACAACAAAUUAAAUGUUGACAGUCUAUGUGCACAUGCUUGAACGAACAUUAUUAUCUAGUGACCCAACCUUUGCAAGAACAAAUUUAGAUUCAUUUUAAGAUCACUUUCUGGGUAUCUCGGGUCAGUUAUUUCAUGAAAUUGAGUCAAUUAGGUGUUGAAUAUACAUUAAUUGCCUGUCUAUGCAAAAUAUUUCAGUGCAAAGAUAUCAUAUUGCAGUGCAAAGAUAUUCUGGGAAAUAGACCCGCCUGCUCCUUCGCAGUGAAUGAAAUAGAUAGCAAUGUGCCCUGCUCAAAUUCAUUGUCUGCCAGACAAUUAUAAUUAUGAGAACUUUGAAUCAUCCGAAAGCUCCUCAGUAGAGUUAGGCCUUUUCGUGUUUUUGUUGAUUAUGCCUUGUUUAUACAGUUUUCUUCUGUGUAAGUCUACCUAGGCUAAUUGAAAGCCCACCAUUCACCUAUUGUCUAAGCUUUUUGAAUAAUGAUAGAUAAUUUUUCAUUUUCAAACUAGUGAAACAAAUACAGUUUUUUGAUGGUCAACUGGAAAGUUUAUUGUUGCUGCUGCGACCUUAGCAGACCUUGGACAUUCCCAUAAUACCCUCGAAGUCAAUGCUUAGUUUUCCAGCUAAUUGAAAAGGUCACUGCACUGCCUCGAUAAAAUAGUGAGUCCUAAACCAUUAGCUUGCCAAUAAACAAAGUUGAUAUCAUACCGUCAAACAUCAAUACAUUGAGCUCUGAUUGGUCAAUUCGGGAAAUGGCUUGUUCUGAUUGGUUUUUGUUGAGAGUGGUAGUUUCAAACUGCCCUAGCGGCUAUCAGUCGGUACCUGUGUGUGUAUAUGAAUGAUCAAGCAGGUUUGACUCUCCAACAUUUUCAGAUGCCUCCGAGGUCAUGCUCGAGCAUCUCCAAGGAAAUGUACGCUUGAACAACGUUGGUAAUGUAAUCAGUGGCUUCUUCGUUUAAGGUUACUUUCAUAAAUGUGAUUUUCAAGCAUCGAAAACAGAGUUGAGUAUCGAUAACCGAGUAUUCUGUUUCGGAGUUUUUUACACCGGAGUCAUAGAUCACUACAUGUAUUCUAUUGUUAAAUUAUACGAUGGAUCGAAAGACUCUCUAACAUUUCAAAUAAAUUUACAUUAGAAGGGAGCCUGAAGAAAUUUCGAUAAUUUGAGAAAGCCUAACAUUUGACGCUCAGUGGCCUGUUAUGAAGACAUGGUACUGGAAACGCUUGGAAGGCCAAGAGAAACUGCUCUAUGUGUCGCUUUGCUUUUGGCUAUGUUCAUAAUUCUGUUCCUCAGUGGAUCAAGGCCGAGAUUCAACACAGAUUCUUCACUGUGUGAUCAGGUUCCAGAAAAUGAUCAGUCUAAAAGCAAGGAACUGGCAGAUUUGGAAUGCAGAGGCCCAAAUUGCUUGAGAAAUGAGUUGCUCUGCCCUAACUGCACAUCUUUGGAAAAGGAACUCAGUGAUUUACGACAAAAAGUCUCGAUGUAUGAAAGACUAAACAAAAUGCUGGAGUUCAACUCGUGGAUGAGCCAACACGGAAGCAAGAUGAGACAAAACAUAUUGAUUUUAUCCGGGGAACAUUGUGGAAGCUCUCUCCUCGGUGAGCUGUUUAACCAAAACCCCCAGGUUUUUUACCUUUACGAGCCUUUGCGCUCACUUGACUAUUACAGAGACAACAGGCCCCCAGAUGUUUAUGAUGCCAUGGUCACACAUUUGCUCGAUGGAAUCUUUCACUGUAAAUUUGACGAACUAACAUACUUUACAAACUAUAUGUCGUUCCAGUACAGCUCUUUGCGAAGCCGUCUAGCAAGCAGAGCCUUAUCUGUGCCACCGUUAUGCCCUGGAAACCACGACUAUCCUUGGUACAACAUAAGGAUGUGCACACCGUUGAAACCAAAGACUACUUCGGCAAUUUGCAGAUUGCAUCAACAUACAGUCACAAAAACAAUCCAAUUUAACGAUGUACACAAACUCUCUUAUCUUAUGGACAAGGAAAGCGCGGAAUACUCUCUGAAAGUAGUGCAUCUUGUUCGUGAUCCUCGUGCAAUUGUCUACACUCAUCUAAUGAGUAGCGAUAACUCUACUGGCAACCAUACUGCGGCAGCCGUGAAGGAAUUCUCAAGGUCACUGUGUUCUCAAAUGCUGAGAAACAUAAAGUAUGCUAUUACUGCGCCCUCUUGGCUGCAAGGCAAGUAUACAUUGCUGCGUUACGAGGACUUAGGCACAAAUCCCCAUCAGAUAACGGAACUUGUUUAUAAAUUUGUCGGUGUCCCGGUAGCCCCACAAGUUCGAAUGUGGCUCGAUAAGUUAGCUUACGGGACAACAACUAAACCUCCACAGUACAGCUCUUCAACUUCAGGAUCAAUCGAGGAAUUCUACGCUAAGAACCUCACAGGGUCAGUUCAAAACUGGCGCGUGCAGAUGCAAUAUUCUAUUGUGAGGGUGAUCGAAACUGAAUGUUACGAAGUCAUGAAUCUCCUGGGGUAUAAAAUUGUCGAUGAUGAAGAGGAAUUAACUACGUUGAGCUUCUCUUUAGUAGAUUAAGCUGAUCCUAGCUAUUCAUGUUGUGUAUACAAAAAUGAACAACACCAACUUCCUAACAAGCUAACAAGGCAAAGAGUAACAAAUACGCAUGCAGAUCCUUAAAAAAUAUCAACAAUCAUUGACUUUUUUAAUUUUCAUACAAAUAGUAACAGAUCACUGUAAAUUUUAAUAAAGUUCAAAUACUCAGGACCUCGCCAAAUGAUGAUAACCCGCAUUCCUUAUCUUGAAUAUCCCAUUCUUUGCGAGAAUCCUUUAAAUUCAACUUUCUUUAUAACUAAUAAUAGCGACCGCUUAUAUGAUUGCUUUUUAUAGAAUAUUAUUGUAUGUAUUUAUCAUCUGUUUAAUUGCCUAUAUUAGGUGUAAAACAUAAUCUAGAACAAGGAGAUUAUACUUUCCGCUGAAUAAUCAUUCAGUUCUGGCUUGGCAGGGAAUUACUCUUCUUAAAUUCUUACCAAGAUUUAAACUGAAAUUAUCAAAAGUUAAAAAGGACUCAUAUUAAUGAAAUAAAUAUUCUCAAUAAUAAAUGAAGUGAUAUAACCGCCGAUGUUCUAUAUUUAUGUGAUAAUAAUUAUUACUGGUGAGAAAGCUUUGGUAUCUUGUCGUAAUGAAUUUGUAAUAAUUUAUGAAUGUAAGAUUUGAUGUAAAAUCAAGAUUUUUAGAAUAAAUUUGACCCGCUGAUUUCUUUCAGAAUUAGUCUGCAUUGCUCGGCACCAGGUCAAACCUAAUGACAGUCUAGCCACGCCAAUUGAACGAGGCAGGUCACUUGAAUAGAAGGGCAAAUAGGUAAUAAUGGGCCUAUAUCUUUCGUUGCAAGUUGCGACUAUCUUUGAAAGAUCAAUAUGUUGAAACAUUAUGUGCUCAAUAGUAGUACGAACAAAAUUCUGUAGAAUUUGUGUCAGUUUCAUUAAAAUACUGAAUCGUAAGCAAAAGCUUAGAAUGUUGUUUUUCUUAAGGCCUAGUAAAAUACGGCCUAUUUUAUGGGACCUGCAUGUAGGGUCAAAUCGUCGCUCAAGCAGCCUUCCCAUAGUCAAGCACCCCGAAACGUCUAUGCUCACGGGGUGUACAAAUUCUUACACUCUGUAAUAAAAAGGGAGUUAUCUGUUGGUAAGGGAAAGAUGUAAAGACAAAAUUAGAUCUGAAGCCCUUCUCCGGGUCAAACUUGAAAUGACUGUUAGGGCAUUUUAGUAUUAAAUCAGGCAGUCUCAAAGCAAAAAAUAAGCUCUUUGUAGACUAGGAUAUGGAUCAUAAGAAAGCUUUUUGCAUUCCAUGGUGCUUUUCAUUGGUAUAUACUUCCAACAGGCCGUCUCCACAUUUCUGAAAUAGUAAAGGUAGAUGACUGUGACAGUUACUGUCAAAGGAAACUACAAAAGAAAGUUGUGCCUUUCAGGUACAAUCGUGGGAAGCAUUUAAAGAAAAAGAUUU